AUGCUAUCCUAUAUAUCUGCUGCCUUCCAGUCCCCGUCGCUAGACGAAGGCGCACAGCAGCGACCACCACGGUAUGCCAGUGAAGAUACCACCCCAACGAGCCGCAGGGAGAUCCUAGGAUGGUACUCGUACGGGAUUGCGGCUGAAGUGUUCGCGGUGUGUGGUGUAGGCUCUUUCCUACCCCUCACCUUGGAACAAUUAGCUCGAGAGCGAGGCACCCUACAAACGAGCCGCCUUCCUUGUGUCGGACCAUCCGCAGGGAAUAGCACAAGUAGUGCUGAAAAUGGCCAAUGUGUGGUCCCGGUCUUCGGCCUCGAGAUCAACACCGCCAGUUUCGCCAUGUACACCUUCUCGCUGGCAGUACUCAUCCAGGCGCUGACACUCAUAUCGUUUAGCGCGCUGGCCGAUUACGAGAACAACCGCAAGACGUUGCUUAUGGUAUUCGGAUUCACCGGUGCGCUCGCGAGCAUGUCGUUUGUAUUCAUUGCACCGCCCCUCUUCAUCAUUGGAUCGAUAUUGGUCGUCAUCGGCGUGACCUGUCUCGGUUCAUCAUUCGUGGUAUUGAACUCUUACCUGCCUGUGCUUGUCGCCAAUGACGCAUCUGUGCAAUAUGGGAAGGGGGACGACGGUGCGGAAAUGUCGAGCUUUGACGGAGUUGGAGGCAACUCGGAAGGAAAUGCUUCGGGUGACGAUGAUGCCGACAAUGAUAGUUUGGAUGGGCUACAGCCAUCGGGGCAGCCACAGAGCUCUCUAGAAGGUGGAUUGGGACCUAAGGGCCCGCCCUCGUCCUCACCGGAACUACAGCUGUCGACCAAAAUCUCCUCCAGAGGCAUCGGUCUUGGAUAUUGUGCAGCAGUAUUCGUGCAAAUCAUCAGCAUUAUCAUGCUGCUCACAUUAUCCAAGACCUCACUUGCAAAAGUAUCUGCCACUCUUCCCAUGCGCUUCGUAUUGCUCUUGGUCGGCAUCUGGUGGGGCGCAUUCACCUUGGUGACUCGUAAUUUGCUCAAGACACGGCCGGGGCCUCGAUUGGAUACAGUCUCCACCAAAGGGACAGCCAGAUGGCGAGCCUGGCUGCGACUGGUCGGGUUUGCCUGGAAAUCUUUGUGGGAGACCGUCAAAGUAGUCAGCAAACUGCGCGAAGUCCUCAUCUUCCUGGUAGCAUGGUUCCUACUCUCCGACGCGAUGGCCACUGUGUCCGGAACGGCGAUCCUCUUCGCACGCACGGAACUGAAACUGAGCACGCCGCUGAUCGGAUUGCUCUCGAUCACCGCCACGUUGUCCGGGAUGACCGGUGCCUUCCUUUGGCCUCACGUAUCUCGGUACUUCGGCUUGCAGCCUAACCACACGAUCAUCCUGUGCAUUGGCCUGUUUGAGAUGAUCCCACUCUACGGGUUGCUUGCUUACAUCCCUUUCAUUAAAAACUGGGGUGUGUUCGGGUUACAACAGCCGUGGGAGAUAUUCCCGCUAGCGAUCGUGCACGGAGUAGUGUCGGGUGGACUAGCCUCAUAUUGCCGGUCAUUCUUCGGGCUUCUAAUUCCCCCAGGUAGUGAGGCUGCGUUCUACGCUCUUUAUGCUGCUACGGACAAGGGGAGCUCAUUCAUUGGACCGGCUAUUGUGGGUAUUCUUGUUGAUGCGACCGGCCAAAUCCGAAGUGGAUUUUUCUUCAUGGCGAUUUUGAUCCUUCUCCCAAUUCCCCUCGUGUGGAUGGUUAAUGCAGACAAGGGCCGGCGUGAAGGUUUGGCUAUGGCUGAAACCCUUGGCAAGUCACAUGGCCCUGCCGAGGAUGCUCAGGAGGCUGAAGGCCUUCUUUCCCGCGAGUAG